AUGUUAGAUUUGGAAGUUGAGUCUGAAGGCUUUCUUUCUUCUUCGAGUGAAAUACAGCGGACUCAAUUUCAAUAUAAGGGUGGUGCACCUUCAUAUGAAGAGGGUGAAAGAAGCGACGCCUCUGAUGGUGAAGAUGAAGAUAGUGCAACACUUGACAACAUGCAAUUUGUGGGUGAAGAUGAUGAAGAGAAUCUGGAUUGGCCAGAUGAAGCUUAUGUUAAUAAUGAAUAUAUGGAGUACGAAGAACCACCCCCCGACGAGUUUGAGGAUGAUGAGUGGGUUCGUUCUUCCACAGCACAUGAUAUCCGCAUUGGUGAAAGUUCAUCCAAUAAAGGAGAUGAUGAGGAGGUUCCUUUCAGAGUUGGUGAAUUAUUUGAGACUAAAGACCAAUUGGUAGAUGCUAUUCGUGAUUACUCAAUCAAAAAGUUGGUCAAAUUCAAGCAAAUUAAAAGCACUCGUACAAGUUAUGAGGCAAUUUGUUUUAUGAAUACACAAAGGCAAGGUCGGGCAGAGGGGAAUGAAUCUGAUUACGCAUGUCCUUGGAAGUUAUAUGCAUUUGUCGGAAAGAAACAUAAUGGGUAUUUUAGGAUCACAAAAUACUAUGGUGUUCAUACAUGUAACAAUCCAAUGUUCGAGAGAGACCACAGUGGUGCCUCCGCCUCUUACAUAGCUCGGUUGAUUAUGCCAAGAUUAAAGAAGAAGCUUGAACUAAGGACCGAUGACAUAAUUGAGAGAGUGUCACAUGAUAAGUGGAUUGAAAUAUCGUAUAUCAAAGCGAGGAAUGCAAGGAGAAUUGCGAUGACAAAAAUAUUUGGUGAUUGGGAAAGGUAUUACGCGACUCUGCCUCAAUAUCUUGAUGCGAUCAAAAGAAGCAAUCCUGGAUCUGAAUACAAACUCAUAACCAAAGAGGUCAAUCCGGGAGUUCAUAAAUUCACCUCUGUAUUUUGGGUAUUUGGUCCUUCGAUCGAGGGAUUUAAAUUUUUUCGGCCGAUCCUUAGCAUUGAUGGGACACACUUAUACGGUAAAUAUAAGGGUGUGUUGCUUGUCGCUACAGGAGUAGAUGCAGAUGGGGGCUUAUUUCCUUUGGCCUUCGUAGUUGUAGAGGUUGAUAAUAGUGAAAAUUGGGAGUGGUUUUUUUCUUGCAUCCAAUUAUAUAUUUUUAAUGUGUGGCCUCCUAGAAAAAUUACUUUUAUAUCCGAUAGGAUGAAAGGUAUUCCAAGAGCAUUGUACAGGAGAUUUGGCUCUGAUCACAAUCACCGCUAUUGCUUACGACACAUUAGAGCUAAUUUUAAAAAGAGCUUUGGUCAAGUACAUCUACAAAACCUUCUUUGGCAAGGGGGUGUUACACCCGAAACAUGUGUGUAUGAUCGGAUACGGGAUCAAAUCAAGGCAACAUCUCUAGCUGCACAUGAUUGGAUUGAGAGUAGUUUGGGAGGCGAUUACGUCGACCGGUGGGCUCUAAGUAAAGAUGGAGGGAUCGCUAUUGCAUGA